UAUUAUUAAACUAACCAAUUUUUAACUUUAAUUAUUGUUAAAUCUAUAACAUUUCUUUGUUAGUCAUAAAAUUUCUCAAAUGUGUAAAUUCCUGAUUCUCAAAUCACUUUCACCUGAAAAUAAUGUGAAAUGACAAUUAUUUCCCCUUUUAGAUUUAAAAAUAUCGCAGAAAAUUUUAUCAUUUCUACCUUUUCUUCUAGAAGGUCAUUCACUAAUUCUUUCAAUUCCUCAGUUUUUAGACGUUUUAUUUCAAUUCCUACACAUUCUAAUGGUUUAUCUACUGAUUUUAAAUAUAUUUUAACUUUUAAUUCAAAUUUCAAUAAAUUAGUAAAUUCUCCUAAUAUUAAUAGCGUACGAACGUUCUCUACCAGGAAUAUAUCAGGUCGUUUAUUUUACAGGCGUAGGCCUAAGAUGGUUCCUCGUUACAAGCCUAAGAAGCGGAGGUCAUGUUGGCUUGAAGGAGCUCCUCAGAAGAAGGGCAUUGUAGUAACCGUUAGGCUUGUAACUCCUAGGAAACCAAAUUCUGGUUUAAGGAAGGUGGCUAGAGUUAGACUUACCACUGGAAGAACAGUAACUUGCCACAUUCCUGGUCAAGGCCACAAUCUUCACACUCAUUCUGUUGUUUUAGUUCGUGGCGGUAGAUGUCAGGACGUCAGUGGCUGUCAUUACACUGUUGUUAGAGGUAAAUAUGACCUUCUACCUGUCAAGAACCGGGCUUCUUCAAGGUCUAAAUACGGCAUUAAAAUGACCGAGGAAAUUAAGAAUAAAAGAGCGAUUAGGAAACAGGAAGUCCCAAUCACCACUCAACUUGACCGUGAAAUAUUCAAUGAAAUUAGGGCCAGUGACUGGGUUAAUCCUGAUGGAACUCCCUUUGAGGGUAAAAUUGGUCCUGAUCAAAACAUUCCCUUUGAUAUUUUCACCUUUAACACUCGAUGGAGAUCCAUUAUACAUAAAUCACAAUCAUAACACUCAAUACAGAAUGUACACUAAUAUACUAUUACUAUA